CUCAAAGAAAAGGUAAGCUAAACUACUGGGUAUGAAAACAGCAUAAAGCCAGCGAUUUUGUCCAUAGAUGGAAAGUGCUACAUUUGUGCUUGAGAACAGUCCAACAUGGAGAAAUGUGUAUUGGAGAUAACGUGCUCCGAAAAAGCGCGACAAAAACUGGAAUCCUUAGUCAUGCUUAUGGAUCCAAGUUUUGAACAUAUUCAUUUGAAAGACUCGCAUUCAGUAAUGGACGUAGAGGGAUCUUUGCGACCACAUCGUCAAUGCACCACACCGGGUAUCAUUGACACGCCAGCAUUGAGUGUGGUCUUAAUGUUGCACGAAAACAACCCAGAUUUGGAUUCUGCAAAAGAUCAGUUGAAGUCUUGGAAAUUUCAUCACAAAAUCGAGCUUUCUAAUGUUAGAACUGGGAAGCCUCGAGUGGUGGCGAGACAAGAUUUCUACGAAGAAUCGCCGGGAGCAGAAGGGCCAUUGUGGUCUUUUGGGUCAGUUCAUCUUGGCAACGAGCUGCUCCGCUUCAAUAUGUUUGUCAAAGAUUUCAAGGCGAUGGUUCAUUUCUACGGCCUUUUGACAGGGAAGACAGUUCAAUACAGUAAACCCGGAUUUUGCCUUUUCACACUAUAUAAGACCAAGGGGUUAGAGGUUCAAUUAGCAUUAAAAUAUUCUCAAUAUUUGAAUCCUGUGCCUACCAACGGCGGGCGUCUGCGGUUCCAAGUGUCAGAUAUUGUAACAUUAAAAAAGCAAUUUCCAGGCAAACUGAUACGUCUAAGUGAAGACGUUUUUGAGCUGGAAGACCCUGAUGGCAACGGGAUUUUUAUAGUAUCUGCAAAGAAAAAUGGCCGAGGUUCGACUUUGAGACGACAAAAGCCAUUAUCGAAGCGAGGUAAAUCAGACGACGCUCUUAGUCUUUCUGAAAGCCAUGACAGUGGACGGUGGAGCUCAAGUAGUGAACCAGCAUUGGACCCUAUUUCUGAUACAUUAUCCGAUUUUUUCAAUGACACUGAUGUAUUUGAUGAACCGACAACUUAUUUCCGAUCACAAUCACGGCAUCAGUCUUUUGACAAAGGCGGAACUGAUGAAAACUAUUGCAAUGUUUUCACUUAUGAAGAUAAGUUUCGUGACUAUUGUAAUACUAGGUAUGGGGCUUCAGGUAGAAGUGUGAAAAGUAGGCGACCUCGAAAACUGUCUUUAGACCCACGCCCUGUAUCAUCACUGCACACAGAUAAUACAGAACAUAGUACCAGUAGCGACGAUAAUUCUACAUCUAGUAAAGGGCGACCACGGCACCAUUCAGUGCCGACACCGACGCGCAUCACAAAACCCGUUAUUUACUUGUAAGGUAGCAUCGGCCUAGUUUUUCGAUCUGCCAUAAGAUGAGAUAUUUUUUAAAGUUGAUAUUUUUAUUUAUCAAUUAUUGAUAAUAUUAUCUCAUCUAUUGGACAUUUCAUAUCAAGACUUUUUGCACAAAUGAUAUCGAUGAUCACAAGUUUUCUAUUACUCGUUUUACAUACAUAGGAAUAUUAGUGUAUUUCAUUGU